UGAGUGGGUGUCGGGAUAGAGAGAGAAAGCGAGUAGUUGUUCAGCUCCCCCUCCCUCUCCUCUCAUUUUGUGUGCUUCUCUGACACUAGAAUCAGGCAGCAGCGAUUUGGAAUUGAGGCCCGCUGAUCUCUUCCUUCAUGUUUUAUCUGUUCUCUCUCUCUAAAAAACAAACCCCCCAUCUCUCUCAUUCCACGCUUUCUUCAUCAUUAUUCACAUGAAGCCCAGCUCUGCAACUCCCAUGUCUUUUCUCAUCUUCUUCUUCGUCUUCCUGUUCUUCCCUUCUGCUUCUCUCUCCUUUGAACCCCUCAACCAUGAAGUUGAGGCUCUAAUUAGUAUCAGAAGAGAACUGAUUGAUCCUCAUGGGAUCUUAAGUAAUUGGGAUGAAAACUCAGUGGAUCCUUGUAGCUGGACCAUGAUCACUUGCUCGCCUGAAAAUCUGGUCAUUGGCCUAGGAGCUCCAAGCCAGAACUUGUCAGGAACUCUCUCUCCAAAAAUCGGAAACCUCACAAACCUCCAGCAAGUGUUGUUGCAGAACAAUAAUAUCUCGGGAUGGAUACCACUAGAGCUUGGGAAGCUUCCCCACCUUCAAACGCUUGAUUUAUCAAAUAAUAAGUUGACUGGUGCAGUUCCAGAGUCUCUUGGUCAGUUGAAUAGCCUUGAAUAUCUGAGGCUAAACAACAACAGUUUAUUUGGGGUUUUUCCUGCAUCUCUUGCUAAACUCCCUCGCCUUGCUUUCCUGGACCUGUCUUACAAUAAUUUGACUGCACCAGUGCCCAGGUUCCCUGCUAAAACAUUCAACAUCGUGGGGAAUCCUCUGAUAUGCGGUACUGGAAGUACUCAAGAUUGCUCUGGAACUGCAGCACCGGCCGUUCCCUUUCUCCCACUAAACACAUCGUCAAGAAAGUCGAGGACCCACAAAGUAGCCAUUGCUUUGGGAGCAGGCUUUGGAUGUACCUCUCUGUUGAUAUUGGGACUCAGCUUAUUUCUCUGGUGGAAAUACAAGCUCCACAAGCAAAUCAUCCAACAUGAAACCGACCACUCCGAAGGCGAAGAAAUAUGUCUGGGAAACCUGAAAAGAUUCAGUUUCAGAGAACUGCAAACUGCCACUGGUAACUUCAAUCCAAAGAACAUCUUAGGCAAAGGAGGGUUCGGCAACGUCUACAAGGGCUACUUAUCGGACGGCCGAGUCGUGGCCGUGAAACGCCUGAAAGACGGUAGCGCAGCCGGCGGGGAGGCGCAGUUCCAGACGGAGUUGGAAAUGAUCAGCCUCGCCGUGCACAGGAACCUGUUGAGGCUUUUGGGUUUCUGCGCGACUUCGAGUGAGAGGCUUCUUGUUUACCCUUUCAUGGCUAAUGGGAGCGUGGCUUCUCGUCUCAGAGGGAAACCAGCAUUAGACUGGAAUACAAGGAAGAGGAUAGCUCUUGGGGCAGCUAGAGGACUUCUAUAUUUGCAUGAACAAUGUGACCCUAAAAUAAUCCAUAGAGAUGUGAAGGCAGCAAACAUUCUUUUGGAUGAGUAUUGUGAAGCAGUUGUUGGUGAUUUUGGGCUUGCAAAGCUUCUAGAUCACCAGGAUUCUCAUGUAACAACUGCAGUGAGAGGGACUGUCGGUCACAUUGCACCCGAGUAUUUAUCGACUGGUCAAUCUUCGGAAAAAACUGAUGUUUUCGGGUUUGGGAUCUUGCUCUUGGAGCUUAUUACUGGACAGAGGGCACUGGAUUUUGGGAAGGCGGCGAAUCAGAAAGGCGCCAUGCUUGAUUGGGUGAAGAAAGUACACCAAGAAAAGAAGCUUGAUCUUUUAGUUGAUAAGGAGCUUAGAGUUGGUGGCUAUGACCAUAUAGAGGUGGGUGAGAUGGUCAAAGUGGCCCUUUUAUGUACUCAGUUUUUGCCCACACAUCGCCCUAAAAUGGCCGAAGUGGUCCGCAUGCUACAAGGUGAUGGCUUAGCUGAUAAGUGGGAGCCUGGAAAACUCAACAGCAACAACCAUGGCAUGCAUCAUGACCAUAAUUCCAUGCCCAUAGUGGUGACAAUUCACCAUGGCUGUGACCAUGAUGAUGAUGAUUAUGGUGGUGGUGGUGAUGGUGAUGGCGAUUCUUCAUCACUCGAUGUGGAGAACAUGGAGCUCUCGGGUCCCAGAUGAACUUGGUUUGGGACUGAGAGAGAGGAAGUGGUAGAAUAAUUCUUGCUAACCGGUGAUUCUUUCUUUUUUGAUGAUUUUUGUUUACCUUUCUUCUCCUUCAAUUGGGAGGUGUAGUGUAUAAAAACUAAUAUCCGGUUUGUUAUGUUCUAAUCUGUAUAGUUUUGAUGAGAAUUUUCUGAAUUUUGAUGUUA